AUGGCAAAUAAAAAUGGCGAAAUAUCGGGGCCCACCCAUUCAUCCGCACCAAAUGACCGCUCUACGGCGACAACAUCUUCUUCGCAUUGCUCGUUCAAUUCCAUUUCCGUUCAUCACGUUGUCGGCUCUCCUUCUCUUGUCGAACUUCGCCGCUUCUGGGAAGUCGAAGAACUGCCGCGCCAAUCUCUUCUCUCGCCUCAGGAAAAACAGUGCGAAGAGCAUUUCUGCUCGACUCACUCGCGCGAUCCCAAUGGACGGUACGUCGUGCGUCUUCCAUUCAAGGAAACGCCUCCUCUCAAUAUCGGUAGCUCAAGAUUUCGCGCCGAGAAGUUGUUGCAUACGCUCACGCGUCGCUUUCACGACAAGCCGGAAGUCGCGAAGGAGUAUCAUGAUUUUCUAUCACAAUACGAGCUUUUGGGGCACAUGAGGCCAGCUCCGCUACCUCAAAAUCAAUCCGAACAACUCGUAUACCUUCCUCACCACGGGGUAAUCCGGGAGGAUAGCUCUACAACGCAUCUCCGCGUUGUAUUCAACGCUUCGAGCGUUACUUCCAACGGCACAUCGUUGAACGACCAUUUACAUGCCG